AUUUAGCGCGCAUGCGCACCUCCUCCUUCCUUUUUCCAGUGCAGUGGAGUCCAAACCCCAGUCUUUGGCUCCGGGCUCCUGUUUAAGGAGACAGAAAGACUGCUAUAAUGGGUUUUGUUAAAGUGGUGAAGAAUAAGGCCUACUUCAAGAGGUACCAGGUCAAGUUCAGGAGGAGGAGAGAGGGAAAAACCGACUUCUUUGCCCGCAAGCGCCUGGUCAUCCAGGACAAGAACAAGUACAACACACCUAAGUACAGGAUGAUUGUGCGCUUCUCCAACAGGGACAUCGUAUGCCAGAUCGCCUAUGCCAAAAUCGAGGGUGACAUGAUUGUGUGUGCUGCCUACUCCCAUGAGCUGCCCAAGUAUGGCAUCACCGUUGGUCUGACGAACUACGCCGCUGCCUACUGCACGGGUCUGCUCGUUGCUCGCAGGCUGCUCCACAAAUUCGGUCUGGACAAGGUCUACGAGGGCCAGGUUGAGGUGACCGGGGAUGAGUUCAACGUGGAGAGCGUAGAUGGUCAGCCCGGUGCCUUCACCUGCUACCUGGACGCUGGCCUGGCACGCACCACCACCGGAAACAAGGUGUUCGGCGCCCUCAAGGGGGCGGUGGAUGGAGGUCUUUCCAUCCCUCACAGCACCAAGCGUUUCCCGGGCUAUGACGUGGAGAGCAAGGAGUUCAAUGCUGAUGUUCAUCGCAAACACAUCAUGGGUGUCAACGUGUCUGAGUACAUGAGCUACCUGAUCGAGGAGGACGAGGACGCCUACAAGAAGCAGUUCUCCCGCUUCAUCAAGAACGGUGUCAGCCCUGACAUGAUUGAGGAGAUGUACAAAAAGGCACACGCUACGAUCCGCGAGAACCCCAUCCACGAAAAGAAGGCACCAAGGGAGGUCAAGAAGAAGAGGUGGAACCGUGCUAAGCUGUCUCUUGCCCAGAGGAAAGACCGUGUGGCCCAGAAGAAGGCCAGCUUCCUCAGAGCUCAGCAACAGGAAGAUGAAUAAAGGAUCGACCGUGUCAGUUCUAAUGGACACAUUUGUUCUAAUAAAUCAACCGAAAGAAA